AUGAUAUCUCCCAACUGGUAUCGCUAUCUCCGGUACGCCAUUUGUGCCUUUCUGUUACUUCUUUGCAUUCGUCUCAUUCGCUACCGGAAGCCGAAGGAACCGUACAUCCCGGCAGACAUUGUCAAUGAAGAUCCAGGCUUUCUACAGUCGUACGACACCUCCACCGAACUGCACCGGUAUAGUAGUGUAUAUUUUAUCGAAUCGUCUGCACCGUUCAAACGGAUCGUUACCAUUGAACCACGGCAGGCCUGUGCAAUCGAAUCAGCAGCACGUGCCAAUCCGCGCAAGAAAGUGAUCGUUCUGUUUGCCUCGUGGAAUGAAUUUACCAACCCGAAUCAGAUACGCUUUCCUGACAUUUUAACGCUCGUUCGACUACCGAACGUUCACUUCCGGUGGUUAGAUUUGGAGCACUUUGCCCAAGGUACACCAGUAGAAGCGGUAAUCAAAUCAGACAAAUUGCAUCAACAUCCAAACGGUGCCGAAUAUUUGUCGGAAAUAUUACGCCUAGUGUUGCUGUACAAGUACGGUGGAAUCUAUCUCGAUCUGGAUGUCGUUACGAUGAAGAAGCUAGAGUUUUACAAUCCAAACUUUUUCGGUGCUGAAACAUCACGGCUCGUCGGAUCGUCGGUGAUAGGGCUGGAACGGCACGGCUUUGGACAGACGUUUGCCGAGAGAUGUCUCAACAACUUCAAAUACUUUGACAAACAAAACAACGUCCGGAAUGGAUCCUUCCUGCUCACUUACCAGAUAGUGCAAUCCUGCGAAAAACUCACACUGGACGAGGUCGUUACGGGCGGUUGUGGAGGAUUGCUGGAGGUGUACACGGAGCGUUUCUUCCAUCCUUUUGACGCAACCAAUGUAAACAUCAUGUUUGAUUCUGAUCAGCUGGACGAGGCAAAGCGUAGAAUUUCGAAAGCGAUGGUCGUCCACAUGCUACAUCGUACGAGCAGGAAGAUGCGCAUCGAGAACAAACCGACGGGAUAUCAGUUGAUUGCGAAAAAUUACUGUCCCAGUGUGUAUGGAGAAAAUAGCGAUGAUUUUUGA